AUGAGGUUAGUAAAAUUUAUUUUUAAUAGAGAUUUGAUAUGUAAAAACAUGGUGAAGAUGCAAAAUACAUUUUUGCGUAAUUUAAGGCAUUUUACUUCUGGAGUAUCACAUAUCAAAACUCCCAUAGAUUCUUAUUAUAAUCAUUAUAUUAAUUUACCACUGCCAAAUAAUAAGGUAUUAGCUACUUAUGUUUGGAUAGAUGGGAGUGGUAUUAAUUUACGAUCUAAAGAUCGUAUUUUGGACAAAGUUCCUUGUGACUUAAGUAUGGUGCCGAAAUGGUCAUUUGACGGAAGCUCAACUGGUCAAGCAAAAACUAAUGAUUCUGACACAUUAUUAAUACCAUCUGCUAUGUACAAAGAUCCUUUCCGCAAGAGUCCACACAUACUUGUUCUUUGUGAGACAUAUUAUGGCGACGGAUCUCCUACUCCAACAAACUUUAGAGCGCAAUGUGCUAAAGCUCUAAGUAAAAUCUCUGAUCAAGAGCCAUGGUUUGGAAUUGAACAGGAAUAUACAAUAUUUGAUAAUGACAUGUGGCCUCUAGGAUGGCCGAAAAAUAGAGGUUUUCCUGCUUUGAAAUCAUUAUUUUCGUAUUGUGGAAAUGGAGAACAUGUAGCUGGAAGAGAAAUCGUUGAAUGCCAUGCCAGAGCAUGCAUAUUCUCUGGAAUGGACUAUGGAGGUUCUAACGCGGAAGUAAUGAAAGGUUCGUGGGAAUAUCAAGUUGGUCCAAGCUUAGGUAUUAAAGCAGCCGACGAUAUCUGGAUGGGCCGAUAUAUGCUUAAUAGAAUAGCAGAACAUUUUGGAUCGAUUAUAAGUUAUCAUCCAAAGCCAAUGGGCAAGGAUCAACCGGGAAUAGGAUGUCAUCACAACUUUAGCACAAAUAAAAUGCGAGAUAAAGAAGGAAUUACUGAAAUAAAGAAAAUAUGUGAAAUAAUGUGUGACCAACAUGAUAAGCUUAUUAAAAACUAUGGUCUUGGUGAUAGCGAAGAGAACAAAAAACGAUUAACAGGAAAAUUUGAAACAGCGUCAUAUGAUAAGUGUAGGUGGGGUGUAUCGGAUCGUGGAGCGUCAAUAAGACUACAAAAGAUGGUAUUAGUAAAGGGUAAAGGCUUUUUAGAGGAUCGAAGGCCAGCUGGAGACUGUGAUCCUUAUAGAGUAUGUGCCUUACUGGCAGAAACGUGCAUGUAG